GCUUGAAGGCGGAAAAUGGCGCUGACGUGAGCGUGAGCCCUUGGGCGCCCAGGGAGUCGCCACAACCUCAGCUGGAGCUGCAGGAGCUGCGGGAACAGGAAGCCUAGUCGGGCCGAGGAUGGAGGAGGAACCCUCUGGGCUUAACCCAGACAUGCUGGCCACUGCAGCAGACCCCAGCUCCAGUGAGACUGGCAAGGAAGUAUUAGCCCCAGGUGUGGCUGCUGCAGCCACCUCUUUCUCCAUGGAGGAGGAGUCAGGUCCGGACCAGACAGCCACACCCCCAGUGUGGGACCGUGGAGGGCUUGAAGGGGCCCAGCAAGGUUCCUCCUCAGCCCCAGACAGUGUACAGCCUGUCCCUGGACCCAGCCUUGGCACACCCAGCACAGUCUCCGGGACCAGUGAGGACCUUCGGCCUCCCAGGCGACGCCCACCACCAGGAAAGCAGAUACCCUGCUCUAGCCCUGGCUGCUGCCUCAGUUUCCCCAGCAUUCGUGACUUGGCACAGCAUCUUCGUACCCACUGCCCACCCACACAGUCCCUGGAAGGCAAGCUGUUCCGCUGUUCGGCCCUGAGCUGCACGGAGACUUUCCCCAGCAUGCAGGAACUGGUGGCCCAUGGCAAGCUGCACUACAAACCCAAUCGCUACUUCAAGUGUGAGAAUUGCCUCCUGCGGUUCCGCACGCACCGCUCACUCUUCAAGCAUCUUCAUGUUUGCGCUGAGCAAGGGCAGAGCCCAGCCCCACCGCCACCCCCAGCCCUCGACAAGGAGCCAUCUGGGCUUGAAUGCCCCCCCGAGUCUGAUCCUACAUCAGCGCCCAGCCUGCAGUUCCCGCUUCUUGAGCCCUUCAUGGCCCCCACCCCUGCCCCCACUGGGCCCUUCAUGCCCUACUUGAACACCACGCCCUAUGACCUAAGCCCCCCACGCCUGCGCCCCUUCCUGGCCACUGCACCUGGGCUGCCAGCCUCCAGCACCGCUGUGUGGAAAAAGAGCCAAGGUGCAGGAGGCAGUCCUCGGAGACCCCAGGGCGGUUCCGAUGCACCCUCAGGGCAUGUGGCCCCAAGCCGCAUCUUGUGGGAGCAUACACGUGGCCGCUACUCGUGCAUGCAGUGUGCCUUCUCCACGGCCUCUCGCCCCGCCAUGACCCUACAUCUGGAGGACCACCGCCCUAUCACCCCCGUGGCCUCGUUGCCCCGGCAGCCGUGCCCCGAGGCCCCGGCGGGUAAGACCGGGCCCCGCUUGCACCCAAGAUGUCGUUGCUGCUCUCUGAAGGGGAGUGUCCAGUUUUCUCACCGUUCUGAACCCUGCUGCACAGAGGUCACGAGGUCAUAGAGGUCAUGAGGUGUGGGUAGUUUUGUAAUUUUAGGGGGGCCUGAAAUGGAUGGGGUGGGGGGACAAUAAAAGGCACAAUGAACUGGCCUGUGCUG